AUGGAUUUGUCUUUGUUAAACGAGAAUCGGUUACAAGCAAACGAUACGACGGAAGGAGACCGACGAAUUCGAUAUCAUUCUGUCCGAGGCAACGCAGAGUUAUCUUUCCUUGUUUCGCCGAAAAAAGAAUGCCAAAUAGGAAAGGAUUCGCAAAACACGACAGAAAGACAUCUCAGUUUGUUCAUAUCUAUCUAUCUAUCUAUCUAUCUUAGUCGUGCAUAUCUAUCUAAGUCGUGCAUAUCUAUCUAUCUAUCUAUCUAUCUAUCUAUCUAUCUAUCUAUCUAUCUAUACUUCAUUUUCCUAUCUAUCUAUCUAUCUAUCUAUCUAUCUAUCUAUCUUUAUGUAUGUGCUAGUCUGUUCGUAUCUAUUUUUUCCCUCGUUCUCUUUCUCUCUGUCUCCUUCAGUCUCUUUAUGCCUAUCUAUCUAUUUAAGAAAUUCUUCGAUCGGCCAUAG